AUGAGCGAUUACCACGAUUCCUUGCCUCAAGAUGAGGCCACCGACUCCGGCAGGGUCAUUCAGAGGCGGCGUCGACCCCCACUAUCCUGUACCGAAUGUCGACGACGCAAGUUAAAGUGCGAUCGAUCACUUCCAUGCGGGCAAUGCGUCCGGUCAAAAACGGCAGACUCCUGUGUCUUUGUUGGCCCUCAGCCGGGAGAGACAUCGGGAUCCUCACAGCGCAUGUCGCCCCCCGUUUCUCGCAUGCGACUACCCAGCGGUUCGGACGAGCAACCAGGCAGCACGGGUGGCAUGUUUGUUUUUGACUCAAAAAUGGGUCCCAAGACUACUUCAAAUCGUGUCUCCAAGCGUGGCCAUCAAGAUGAGCUUCAUGAGCUUCGCCAGCGACUACGCACCUUGGAGCAUGCAUUGGCAAAGCCUGGCGCUACCCUUCAAACCCCUGAGACCUCCAUUUACGAUACCUUCUCCGAGGUUACAACUUCUCAAAAUAGCGUCGAGGGCGCUGGAGUUGAUGAUCGGGUAAGAUUCUUGCCUGACUGUAGCUUCCGAGGCAAAAAGGGCAAGACGAGAUACUUCGGUCGCAGCCAUUACAGCACAACAGUAUCAUUCUUUCAAGAUAUCGGCACAUUUAUGCGUCGCAGCCACAAGAAUGUCAAGGACAAAGAGUAUAGCGAGAUGAAAAAGUUCAAGUGUGAGAUGUGGUCGCGUGAAAGUCAGGAACACCAGCGAGCCUUUCGAGAGCAGGCUUUCAAGCUCGACGAGAUGGUGCCAUCGCGAACCGUUGCCGACAGGCUGCUUCAACUCUAUCUGGACACAUUCGAGACCACCUAUCGAAUUCUGCAUGUUCCAACUUUCCUGAAACAAUAUGCCGAUUACUGGGCUAAUCCCCAAAAGCCAGACAUGGCCUUUGUUGCGCAGCUACUGGCAGUCAUGGCGGCAGGCAGCCGGUUCUACUCGCAAUCCCCAGAACACGAUGAGAGGGACACUUAUCAAAAGCCGGCAAUGAAGUGGAUCAUGGCAGUCCAGUCUUACAUUUCUUGCACUUUUGUCAGUCCUGAUAUUAAUUUCAAGAUGAUCCAGACACAGACUCUUCUCCUUGUCGCUCGACUUGCAAUUGCCAGCGAUGGCGACGUUGCCUGGGCUUCAUCGGGCUCUCUUAUUCGUUCCGCGAUGACCAUGGGACUGCACCGUGACCCAACACGCUUUCGUAAAGCGGUCACGCCAUUCUGGUCAGAGCUUCGACGUCGAUUGUGGACAACGAUUGUGGAGAUCGAUCUGAAGAUCUCUCUUGAUCGUGGCGUUCCCCCGUCAGUCGAUUUGGAUGAGUGCGAUUGCGACGCUCCAUCCAACUGGGAUGACUCUGAAUUAUAUGAAACCAUGGAGAAUAACCCAGCACCUUUGAGUACUGCAAGAUACACCCGCAGCUUCUACCAAUGCUUGCUUUCGAAAACAUUGGAGCUUCGAUAUCGGGUCGCGAAGAAAAUCAAUACCUUACGGUUCGACUUAUCAUACGACGAGACUCUCCGAAUAAGCGAGGAUCUGUGUCGGUCAAUGAAAACCGCAUCCGAUCUAUUUGAAGACAAUGCAAAUGGAAUCAAUCCUUCCGAUGCCGCCCGCCACCGAUUUGCUCAGUCUCUGCACCUGUUUAUAAUGCGCAAGUUCCUACUUGCCCUCCACAGACCUUUCUGUCUGAGCGUUGUGCGACUACCGAAAUGCUCUUACUCUCGAAAGGUCUGCCUCGAAAAAUCUCUAGAGAUUCUAUCGCAGAUGGAGCUUCCUACCCCUUCCGACCCAAUUCUUUACCCCCACAUCACACAAUUAGGAAGUGGUAUGUUCUGCGAUGAAACCUUCCACGCAGCUAUUACGGUUUGUGUGGAGUUAUCCCUCCAAGCUCAAGAAAUGAGCCAAGCAUCCGGUCCAGCAAUGGAAGGAAUGAACACGAGCGUGUUACUCAGCAUGGUACAAUCACAGCAAAACGUGAUGCUACAAGCAGUUGAGCGCAGCCUUGACGACUUCGGACGAAGAGUCGGUAGUGGCACUGGCAAAGGUAGCAAGCCAUACUUCUUCUUAAGUCUGAUUCUGGCAUCCGUCAAGUCUCGCAUCAAGGGAGAAGAUCCCUUCUGUAUGAUUGAGGCAGCAUCCAAGCGAUCCGUUCGGGUCGGCCGAGGCAUCGUGAGCGGCCUUUCAUUUGACGAGGCGUUGGCGAGUGCGGACCGACCGCCUCCACAGGUGAGCUUCCCAUUCUCUUCUUCUUACGAAGAAGCUUUGCUUAUGUGGAAUUAUCAGCCUGCUAUUUCUCUGGAUGGUCCAAUUGAGACCACUCCUCUCUCUGUAUCUUCUAUUGAUUUUGAUUUCCCUUCUUUGUUGUCUGCGGACUUUGGUGAUUUUGCACCGCUUGAUUUGGGGGGUUGGUUUGACGGUUUGGAUACUGGUGGCGCGGAGCUCUGGGACAACAACCUUUUUACGGACUUGCCGCAAAUUUAA